UUUCACGUCGUCUUGAUAUAAAAGCCUAAAGGUAAACGUAACAAAUGGCAAUUCAAAACCGUUUAAGAAAAAGAAAAUCGUGCCUUUAGAUAGUAGAAUAGAUUUUUUUCAGAUUAAAAAGGCUUCAUAUAUAUAUGUAAUUCUUUACAGAUUUAUCAUAUGAACUCUGCUUCUUUUUAAUUGCUUACUAAGGAAAAGCAGCUAUGGGUUUGUCUGAGGAAAAUAUUGAGGCUGACCCAGAGAGUAGUUGUGCCCAAGUGACCACUGCAAAAAAGAGAAGGUUAAGAAGAAAAAAGUUAAGAGCUGCAAAGUCCUUAACUAGUGUGAAAAUCAACAUAGAUCAUAAUAACAUAAAUGUACAAGAGAUUUUGAAUUCUAGUUCAGCAAACAUUGUGCCAAAAACCCAGAUAUUUGAUUAUGAUACAACAAUUAAAUCUGAACAAAAUAAGAAAAUAUUAGAAGUUCCAUUUAAAAAUACUUGCAUAGAAGAUAAAAUAAUAGAAAUGUCUUCCAAAGAAGGUUCUGUAAAAACAAGAGAUGAUGUAAUGGCAGCAAGAGAAGCUAAAAAGCAGGCAAAGCAGAAAGCAAAGUUAAAGAACAUUGAAAAUAAAGAUAAUGUUUCAACAAACAUUCAACCGCUGACCAGCAUUAGUGAUUCUCAAGGCAAGAAAAAUAUAAGUACUAAUGUUCCUCCUAAAAAACCUGUAACAAGUGACAAAAUAGAUACAACUCCAUCCAUAACUGCAAAAGCAGAAUCACCUAAAAGUAAAGAUGAAGUUGACAGAGCUAUUCAAUAUGAAAAUAUAGAUAUAAAUAAAGAUAAGUCUAAAGAACUCAUUAAAUCUGAGAGAGCUGCUAAGAAAGCAGCUAAACAGGCUAAGAAGAAACCAAUAGAAGAAAGUGGUGUCAAAAAUACUAAUGUAACACAAGAUUUAACAGUCAAAGAUGUAGUAAAUACACUGAAAGAUAUUGUCAAUGUUGCUAAAGAUGUGCAAGCUGUGACUGAUAAAGUUAUAGCCAUUGACUUUACAGCAAAGAAGAGUGAAGAGUCAACAAAGUCUAAAGCCGAGUUAAGAGCAGAGCGACGUGCUAAGCAAGAAGCACAAAGAGCAUCAAAGCAAGCUGCACAACAGCAAAAACCGUCAGAAGUGAAGACAGAACGACCCAGCAAAGAUAUUGACAAAACUAAAGAGGAAAAGUCGACAAAGGCAAAACCUGCAGUAGAAAAGUCCAAGCCGAAAUCUCAGGGUAUGCAGAAAAUGAAUUGGUUCCAACACUUGUACACGGAACAUGAUAAAGAUUCUCUGAAACAAAUGGCAAUUAACUCAAACUUACACCCUGCUGUCAUUAAAUUAGGUGUGCAACUUGCAUCACGUGUUGUGACUGGAUCUAAUGCAAGAUGUAUAGCAUUGUUGGAUGCAUUGAAAAAGAUGGUUAAAGACUACAGCCUUCCUGCGCGUACUGAAUUCGCACGCGGACUGGAAGCGCAGCUGGCGGCCAGCGUUGAGUUCCUGUGGGCCGUCAGGCCACCAGCCGCCUCCCAAACCAAUGCGCUCAAGUACUUCCGGUACCACCUCACGCAGCUACCCAACAACGUGGACGAGUUCGACGCUAAGAAACGGCUUCAAGAGGAGAUCGAUAGAUACAUCCGCGAACAAAUAGACAUGGCAGGCGAGGCCAUCAGUAUCGCCGUACGAAACAAAAUAUCUACCAAUGAUAAUAUACUCACUUAUGGAUGCUCAUCGCUGAUCGAGCGCAUCCUGUGCGAGGCGCAGGCGGCGGGCGUGGUGUUCCGCGCCGUGGUGGUGGGGACGCGCCUGCAGCGCGGCGCGCGUGAGAUGCUGCGGCGUCUGCUCGCACGAGGCGUGCGCUGCUCCUACGCCGACAUCUCCGCCCUCAACUACCUCAUGCGAGACGUGAACAAGGUGUUGGUGGGCGCGGCGUCGCUGUUAGCCAACGGCGCGGUGCUGGCGCCGGCAGGCACGCUGCAGGCGGCGCUGGCGGCGCGCGCGCACAACGUGCCGCUACUCGUCGCCUGCGAGACGCACAAGUUCGCCGACACCGUGCAGACCGACGCCUUCGUGCACAACGAGAUCGGUGACCCUGACGAUCUCAUCGAUAAGAAUGACGAAAAUUCACCAUUGAAGGAUUGGCGAACGAACCCCAAUUUAUCGCUCCUUAACUUGAUGUAUGACGUCACACCUCCAAGUCUCGUUACCGCUGUUGUUACGGAAUUGGCCAUACUACCUUGUACAAGCGCCCCCGUUGUCCUACGUUUCAAAUUAUCUGAAUAUGGACUAUAAAUGUGCACAAAAAUCCUUUUUGAGCAACUCUUAGUUAUGUAAUAUUUUUUAUUUAAUAUACAUUUAUUUUCAUAUUACUUCAACAUGUAACUAUAAAAGAAUGACCAAUGAUUUAAUACAUGUUAAACGAAGAUGAUAUGUUAAUAGCGCAUGCAAAAACAAGACUACAACAUGUCCUAGAUACUCUCUCGCUGGCCUGCGGCCGAAGAUCGUGAUCAGGCAAAGUAAAAACAGAAAUUCCGCCGUGUGUUUACAGAAACUUGCAAAUAUGACGCUAAAUACGCAUGAAAAAACCGCAAUUUAUUUGGUGUAUUUCUUACUGAAAUAAAGAAAAUAAUUUUUGUUCCGAGUGACAUAUACAAACAUAGAUUAUAAAGUGCAAAUACUAUAUCGUAGGUAAGAAAGAGGAUAUUAAUACAAAAUAAAUGUCUAUCACGUGUUAA